UGUCCCUCCCCAGCACUGAGGGUUUAACCCAGCCCCAGUAACCCCACUCUGUGCUGCUCUCACAGGCACAAUGACUGGUUUGAUAUGUCUGAUUGCUUUGCUAUUUUCUGGAACAGCUUUUAGCCAAGAGAAAACGUAUGUCCUUACAGCACCAAAGAUCUUCCGAGCUGGGGCCUCUCAGGAAGUUGUAGUUCAAGCUUUUGGUUACAACGAGGAAUUUCCAGUCAAUAUUGCCCUGAAAAGCUUUCCAGAUAAAUCUACUGUUUAUUCUUCUGGUUUGAUUACUUUAACUCCAGCCAACAAAUUCCAAAAGUCUGUAACUUUGACACUUCAACCAACAGAUUUACCAAGAACUGAUAAUUCAGAGAAGUAUUUGUACUUGGAAGCCGUUUCUCCACAUUUUACAAGAGUGAAAAAAAUCCCAGUUUCCUACGAGAAUGGGUUUCUCUUUAUUCACACAGACAAACCAAUUUACACUCCCGAUCAGUCAGUGAAAAUCAGAGUUUACUCUCUGAAUGAAGAACUGCAGCCAGCUCAGAGAGAGACUGUCCUGACUUUUGUGGAUCCCGAAGGAGUAGAAGUGGAUAUUUUAGAAGAAAAAGACUUUACUGGAAUAGUUUCAUUUCCUGACUUCAAGAUUCCUUCUAAUCCCAAGUAUGGGAUUUGGAAGAUUGUAGCCAAAUAUAAGAAGGAUUUUGUAACCUCAGCUGUGGCACAGUUUGAAGUGAAGGAAUAUGCAAUGCCAAGCUUUUCCAUCACCAUAGAGCCAGAGAGCCACUUUAUCAGCUCUGAUAAAUUUGAGAGCUUCAGGAUUGUUGUGAAAGCGAGCUAUUUUUAUAACAAAAAGCUUCCGAGUGCUGAUGUUUUCCUUCGGUUUGGAAUAAUUGACAGAGGGGAAAAAACGAUGAUGCCCAAGGCGAUACAGGUCACCAGGAUCGAAGAUGGAGUUGCUGUGAUCGACUUUAACAGUAAGGAAGCCACAAGUUCCCUAGGGUUCCAAAGUCUGGAAGAAUUGGAUGGGUCCUAUUUAUAUAUUGUGGCAUCAGUGUUGGAGUCUAGAGGUGGCCUCAGCGGGGAGGUGGAGUUCUCUGGAGUCAGGUUUGCUGUGUCCCCCUACAAGCUGAGUUUGAUUGCUACUCCUCUCUUUGCGAAGCCUGGCCUCCCCUUCUUCAUUAAGGUGCAGGUGAAGGACACAGUGGAUGCCCCGGUUGGAAAUGUCCCCGUAACUGUCACUGCCAAAUCCCUGAGCGAGCAGAUGGAUGAGACCGAGCUGAUAGCAGAGGGCGCCGAGUCGGGGAGGCGGGAAACGAGCGUCAGUGAUGGCACUGCUUUGUUUGUCCUGAAUGUCCCAUCAGACAGCCGAAUGGUGGAGUUUCAGGUGAAAACUGCAGAUCCACGGCUUGAAGAUGAAAACCAAGCCAGCAAAACCUAUGAAGCCAAAACUUACUCAUCCCUGAGUCAGAGUUACCUGUACAUUGACUGGGCUUCAAACCACAGAACACUGGAAGUAGGGGAUGUCAUAAAUGUCAAUAUUUAUCCACGCAGCCACUACAUUAAUAAAAUCCAUCACUACAGCUACUUGAUCACAUCCAAAGGGAAGAUAGUAAGCUUUGGAACUCAGCAGAGAAACAAGGAUUUGGCAUACGAACAUCUAACGUUUCAGAUAACCCAGGAGAUGGUUCCCUCGGCACGUCUGAUCGUUUACUACAUUGUUACAGGAGAAGAAACUGCUGAGUUAGUGGCUGAUUCAGUGUGGCUGGAUGUGGAGCAGAGGUGUGAGAACAGUCUCAAGGUUAAGCUGCAGCCAAGCGAAGAGGCACCGAAGCCAGGGAAGGUUGUGUCACUCACCAUGGAAACACGCUUCGAAUCCUUUGUUGCUUUGUCAUCCAUUGACAAGGCAAUAUAUGGAGUCACAGGAAGGAAAAAGAGAGCCAUGGAAAAGAUAAUGCUCCACUUGGAGAAGAGCGACCUGGGCUGCGGGGCCGGCGGGGGCAGGAACAACGUGGACGUGUUUCGGAUGGCUGGGCUCACCUUCCUCACCAACGCCAAUGCUGAUGACUCCAGUGCAGCAGCCUCCAAAUACAAAAGUUCGGACAUCAGGAAGUGCUGCAUGGCCGGGGUCAGGGCGUACCCCGUGUCUGAGACCUGCAGUGACAGAGCCCAGAGAAUCCGCAGGAACCAGAGGUGCAUUUCUGCCUUCAAGCACUGCUGUGAAUUCGCCAACAGGCUGAGGCUGGAGGAGCCCAACAAGCUGCUGAUCCUGGCCAGAAUGCAUUUUGAGGCUGGUUUGGAGCUGGAUGAGGCACAAGUUCGCAGCUACUUCCCUGAGAGCUGGCUAUGGGAAGUUCACCAAGUUUCCCCAAGGUCAAAGACUCUGUCUGUCACCCUGCCUGACUCACUGACCACCUGGGAAAUACAAGGUGUUGGCAUUUCCGAGAAAGGUAUAUGUGUGGCUGCCCCUUUGGAGAUCCAAGUUGUGAAGGACAUUUUCCUGAGCAUUUACGUCCCUUAUUCCGUGGUCCGAGGGGAACAAAUUGAGUUGAGAGGAUCAGUUUAUAACCAUAAAGACUCUGAAAUUCAGUUCUGUGUUGCAAUAGCAGCUGGAAGUGGAAUCUGCACCUUUGGAGACUCCGGGGCGAGGCCGAGGAGCUGCAGGUACAGGAGUUUGGCCGCUGGCUCCUCAGCCCCGCUGGCAUUCCGGAUCCUGCCCUUGGAAUUGGGGCUCCACACCAUCAACUUCACCCUGCUGAGCCCCAGGAACAGCGAGAUCCUGGUGAAAACCCUGCGGGUCGUGCCAGAGGGCAUCAAGAAGGAGCUUCAUGCAGGUUUCACUUUGGAUCCCCAGGGUGUUUAUGGUUCGAUCAAGAGACGACAGGAAUUUCGAUACAAAGUCCCCCCGAAUCUGGUCCCUAAAACAGAGCUCGAUAGAAGCGUCAGCGUGAAAGGCCACCUGCUGGGUGAGGUGAUCGCCACAGUGCUCAGUGCCAGUGGGCUCAGGAUGCUGACUGAGCUGCCCAGGGGCAGUGCAGAGGCCGAGUUCAUGAGCUUUGCCCCCGUGUUUUACGUCUUUCGCUACCUGGAGGAGUCGGACAACUGGCAUUUACUGGGCCCCGAAACCUUUACUGCCAAAACUCAGAUGAUGAGGAAGAUGAAAGAAGGGAUUGUGAGCAUCCUGUCGUUCCGGAACGCCGACCGCUCCUACAGCAUGUGGAAGAACGGGCAGGCCAGCACCUGGCUGACAGCUUUUGCUUUAAGGAUUCUUGGACAAAUGUAUCAAUAUGUCAAACUUGACCAGCUUUCUCUCUGUGAUUCCCUGCUGUGGCUGAUUGAUGACUGUCAGAUGCCAGACGGGUCGUUCAGUGAAUUUUCCAGCUACGAACCAGUGAAACUCCAGGGCACAUUACCCAGAGAAGCUAAAGAAAAAUCUCUGUAUCUCACAGCAUUUUCUAUUAUUGGAAUCGACAAGGCAAUUAAAAUAUGUCCUACUGAGAAAAUCCACAAUGCCAAGAGCAAGGCAGGAGGUUAUUUGAUGGACAAUGUGCAGUUUGCUCAGAGCCCCUUCACCAUGGCCAUCACCUCCUACGCCCUGGCUCUCGUGGACCCCGACAGCCACUCGGCACGGGUGGCCUUCUCAAACCUCAAGAGGGAAGCUUUUGUCAUAGGUGACCCUCCCAUCUACAGGUUUUGGAAAGACACUUUCAAGGCAGAUGAUGAACAAACUCCCAGCUCUUUCACUGCCCAGAUGGUUGAAACCACAGCCUAUGCUCUGCUCACCACUGUGCUGAGAGGGGAUGAGAGCUAUGCCAAGCCAAUCAUCAAAUGGCUCUCUGAGGAACAAAGACAUGGGGGAGGGUUUUUUUCAACUCAGGACACAAUCAAUGCCCUUGAGGCCCUGACUGAAUAUUCCCUCCUUGUCAAACGGCUCCACUUGGACAUGGAUGUGAAAGUGUCCUACAAAACCGGUAGAAUCCUGAGCAUCUUCAAACUGACAGAAGAUCAUUUCGUGGGAAGAGCUAUCUCAGCACCUUUGCAUGAUGACAUCUACGUGAGCACUGGCAUCAGCACUGGCAUAGCUACAGUAAAUGUGAGGACAGUGUACAACACAAUGGGCACUUCUGAAGACCACUGCAACUUCGACCUGAAGAUUGCUCCAAAGAGAGAUCAUGAUUAUUUAAGAGAAGAAGAGGAGCCACAGUGGCACCUGGAGGCUUGUGCAAAGUACAGGCCCAGUGCGAGGGAGCCCCGCUCGGGGUCUGCUCACACCGUGAUGGACAUCGGGCUGGUCAGUGGAGUGGAAGCAAAUUCAGAGGAUUUAUCCACUCUCGCGAGUGGCGUUGACCAGCUGAUAGCAGAUUAUGAGAUAAAGGACGGGCACGUUAUCCUGCAGAUUGACUCUGUGCCAGCUGACAGGUUCCUGUGCGUGGGGUUCCGGCUCAGCGAGCUGUUCCGGGUGGGAAUGCGGAACCCUGGCACCUUCACCGUGUAUGAGUACCACGCACCAGAUAAAAGGUGCACUGUGUUUUACAACCCCUAUGGAGAUGAAAAGCUGGUGAGAUUGUGUGAAGGAGAUGAAUGCAAAUGCAUGGAAGCUGAGUGUGGUAAAGUCCAAAGGAGACUUGAUGAGUCCAUAACUGCCGAGAGCAGGAGAGAAGCCGCCUGUCAGAGGGACAUUGCUUAUGUUUACAAAGUGAAUAUCCUGUCUCGCAGCGAGGAAGGGGCUUUUGUCAAAUAUUCUGCAGCUCUUCUGGAUCUCUUCAAAAGAGGGCAGGCUUUUGCUCGAAAAAAUGACAAAAUAACCUUUGUUAAGAAGAAGAGCUGUGCAGAUGUGGAACUGAGCCCAGGAGAGCAGUACCUGAUCAUGGGGAAAGAGGCCUUGAGGAUCAGCAUUGGUUACAGUUUCAAAUUCCAGUACCCUUUGGACUCCAGCACUUGGAUUGAGUGGUGGCCUUCAACUCCAGACUGUGACUUGUGUGGGGAGUUCCUACAGACAAUGAACGAUUUUACUGAUGAUCUCAUGAUCAGUGGCUGCUGAUUUACUUGGAGAGCUUUUAAAUUAAAAAUCCAGAUCAAAUCUCAUGUAAAAAAAAAAAAAACAAAACCCUCACCUGUUUAGCAAUUCUUCCUUGAACUGAACAUUCCAGAAUAGUUCCCUUGAAAAAUGAGCUUUGCUUGUGUUUUAUAGCAAUGUUGUUACAUUGUGGUGCUCAGAGAGAACUUUUCAGCUUGGCUGGGAGAAUAACACGGAAUGCUGCAAAGAAACCUGGAGUCAGAUGGAGUGGAUGGACUGUAAAAACACACAUGGAAAGUUCUGUCUUGUCACUGAACCCCAUAUCUUAUUAAAACAUAAAUAUUUGCAGCCACUUUGUAAGCUCUUUGUGAAGGAAAUUACUUUAUUCCUAAUUUUUUUCUUUUGUGCUCUGUUUGAAUUCCUGCAUUUCCAUCCCUGACGUUAUUCUUGUGCUCUGCUUUCUUGUUUAAAAAAACAA